AUGAUGAUCCAGGUCAACUUUGUAGUGUGCCAACUGUUUGCCUUGCUUGCAGCUAUUUGGUUUCGAACAUACCUUCAUUCAAGCAAAACUAGCCCAUUUAUAAGACAUGUUGUUGCAACCCUCUUGGGCCUUUAUCUUGCACUUUUUUGUUUUGGAUGGUAUGCCUUACAUUUUGUUAUACAAAGUGGAAUUUCCUACUAUAUCAUGAUCAUAAUAGGAGUGGAAAAUAUGCACAAGUAUUGUUUUGUUUUUGCUUUGGGAUACCUCACUGUGUGCCAAAUUACUAGAGUCUAUAUCUUUGAUUAUGGACAGUAUUCUGCUGAUUUUUCUGGUCCAAUGAUGAUAAUUACUCAGAAGAUCACUAGUUUGGCAUUUGAGAUUCAUGACGGAAUGUUUCGAAAAAAUGAAGAUUUAACUCCAUCACAGAGGUGCUUGGCUGUAAGACGCAUGCCAAGUCUACUGGAGUAUUUAAGUUACAACUGUAAUUUCAUGGGUAUCCUGGCAGGCCCGUUAUGCUCUUACAAAGACUAUAUUACUUUCAUUGAAGGCAGAUCAUACCAACUGCAACAGUCUGAAGCAAAUGGGAAGGAAGAUACAAAAUACGAACAAACGGAUCCUUCUCCAAAUAUAGCCGUGGCACAGAAACUUUUAAUCUGUGGACUGUCCUUACUCUUCCACAUGACUAUUACAAAAACUUUGCCUGUGGAAUACAACAUUGAUGAUAACUUCAGAGCUACAGCAUCGUGGCCUGUAAGGUUUUUCUACCUAUACGUGUCCCUUAUGGCUGCCAGACCCAAGUAUUAUUUUGCAUGGACUUUAGCAGAUGCAAUUAAUAAUGCAGCAGGGUUUGGUUUUAGAGGAUAUGAUAAAAAUGGAGUUACACAUUGGGAUCUAAUAUCAAAUCUGAGAAUCCAGCAAAUAGAGUUUUCCACAAGCUUCAAGAUGUUUCUUGAUAACUGGAAUAUCCAAACAGCUCUUUGGCUUAAAAGAGUGUGCUAUGAGCGAGCCACCUUCAGCCCAACGAUCCAAACCUUCAUCCUUUCUGCCAUCUGGCAUGGGGUUUACCCAGGAUAUUAUUUAACAUUUUUAACAGGAGUACUAAUGACACUAGCAGCACGAGCUAUAAGAAACAACAUCAGACACUAUUUUGUUGAAUCUCCUGCUGUUAAACUAUGUUAUGAUAUUAUAACAUGGAUGGCAACUCAACUAGCAAUAAGUUACACAGUUGUGCCAUUUGUACUGCUCUCUGUAAAACCCUCUUUCACCUUUUACAGCUCCUGCUAUUUCUGUCUUCAUAUUGCCAGCAUCCUGGUGUUGUUGAUACUUCCACUGAAAAGAACUCAAAAAGGAAGUAAAAAGCAUGAAAGUGUCCAGCCUGUGUGGUCCAAAAAACUAGAAGAAGAAAAUCUUUUGCAAAAGAACAGUUAUUCCACAACAAAUAAUAGUUUCAGUCAGAAACAAGAAAUUACCUGCAGAUAUCAAGCAUUGAAACAGUGAUUGAGGAAAUACUAUGAUGAAUAUAUUUUGUAUGUUUUCAGAAACCCAUUUUUAGCACCUUUUAAAGGGGUUUGUAUUUGUUUGCAAAGAUGUUUAGUAAGACAAGAAUGCAUUACCUAGGAAAAUCACAUACAAUAGCAAGACUGGAAACAGAACAAAUUAACCCCUCCCAUGCCAUGUCCCUGUGGGUCACGCCUUAUAUAUGAAGAUAUUACCAUUAUUUCAAUGGGCACUCAGGACUUGCAACGUAUGUCCAUAGGGUCAUAUGUGUGCCCUUUGCUGAAUGUACGUUGUGUAUCCCAAGGCACUGAUGGGGUGGAAUAAAAUUGUGUCAAUCUAGGAUUAACAAAUGGAAAUUAAUUUUUCCAAUUGAAUGACUUGCCUUAAACCCUCUAUUUACUGAAAUAUUGUUUCUAAGUGGGUAUUUUCAAGUUUGAUUUUACAUGGAAAGCAUAUUUCAAAUAUGUAAUACUAUAUGCUAUAAAGAAGAUAAAAAUAGGAAAUGCAAAGUCAUUAGAAGGCUUUUCAAUCUUUAAAAGGGAAUUGCAAUAAGCAUCUCAGUAUUUGGAGGGUUUUCUUAAAGUAUCUCAAACUAUUACAGUACAUUACACAACUGUAAACAUUACUGAUGCCAAAUUUAGAGUUAGGUUUCUUUGAUAAAGAGUAUAAUUACACAUAGCCCUUGUGAAUGGAUUAAAAAUAAAAUAAAACAACUGAAGGUUUGCCUUUUCCAGGGCUUGAUAGCUCUAAUCUAGGUUUCUUUUACUUUUAAGUACCUAAAACCAAUAAAACACUGCCAAGUGGGCUUUGCAGCUAGAGAAGGAAAGGCAGCCAUAGGACACAGAAGACAACGUGCAAGCACCAGGAUUUUAAUGAAAGUGCGUUUUUUACCCUUAAAUACCAGAAAUACUUGUUCUAGAAUACAACUGUUUUACAAAAAAGGAUUUGUAAUACAAAGAUAUUUUGAAUUUCCAGGCAUACAGUAGUUAGUUGAUGAUGCUUUCAGUAUACAAAAGCAAAAUUACCUUGAGCUCUAGUGCAUAGGUAGUCAAUCAUGAAAUUACUAUCAUAACCACUUUCUGUAUGCUUGAUAAUUGAUGGCCCUUUAUCCAAAGAAGCAUAUGAAUUUGAGGAAAAGCUUUGUCUUCAAAUUAGAAUUUUAGAUGCAAAGUUCACAUCAUAUUUGUGGGUACCAUAAUGAAAGAAAUAAAUCCUUCAGAAUAUCUGGUUUACUGAAUUAUGGAAGUGUGUCAGGGGAAUAAUGAAGUGGUUAUAUCUAUUCCAGACCAUUUAUUGUGAUGAUGGUCCCUGCUAGAGUUCUGGUGUUAAAGGGCUACAUUUUAAUUGCUUAUAUUAUGUAUUUUCAUCUAAUUUUUUUAAGUAAACACAAACUGUUUAUCCACAUGGGUUUUUUUAGCUUUAAAACUGACACAAAAUACUACCAGAGAAAAAUAAUGCAGCUUGUUGAUUAUUAACCUACAAAUGAAUGAGAAAAAUAUUGUCAUAAUAUUUUGAACCUUAAAUUUUUCAUCGAAUAUCUAACACUAGUUGGGUGAAUAUUCUUAGUACCAGAUGGCACUCAGCUUUGGGCAUACUACCAUGCAAAAAUAGUCACAGCACAUCUGGCUUACUCUCUAAAGGACCACAUCCCAAGUCAGGUCAGAAUUGUUUCCUUGCUAUGGUAGUUCUGUGUCUGGUCUUUGGCUCCUUGCCUAAAACUCCAGGAGGAUAACAUACCUCUUCCAUAUAUGUAGGUUAGCAUUACGCAGUUAGAAAGGGGGAACUAAAUAUGAAAUGAGUGGAUGACUCUCAUUUGGAGCUUAAAGAUAUGCUGUAGGUGGGAACUGUGCUAGGAAAACGGUUGGACUAGAUGAUCUCCAGGGUCAUUUCCAACCUAGAUGAUUCUGUGAUUCUGUGACUGUUCAGAAGAGCAAGGAUGUUUGUUUUGGUGACAGCUGUAUUAUCGUUAAAAUAAAAUAAUCUAGCUUCUAAAUCCUUACUCUGGUUACCCAAGUAGACCCCCCCUUACAUGGGGUCGUGGUUGUCAUAUGCCUGUUAGAAAUGGCAUUAUGGUUCUUUCUGUUGUUUAUGAGUAAGGGCACACUGGUUUCUUUGUUUGAUUACCCUUAUUAGAUAACACAAUCAGGAAAGAUGUUUUUCCACCUUCUGUUCUUGAAGGGACAUUUACACAAAAUAACAAAUUAACAUUGCACAUUUCUGGGUGGGUGAGUAGAAUUAGGGUUGAUUCUUUCAGCAUUUGUUGUGUUGAACUUAAAUUAAUCUUGUUGGUGCAGUCUAUGAAUCUGCCCAAAGCAGCACUUUUGGAUGCCAGUACAACAUGUAACGUGCCAUCUUCUCCAUUAAUGUUCUGGUACUCUUGUUUUCUUGUUUUGGCAUGUGUGCCCAUAUGUGCAAUGCAAGCUUACUAGUUCUUCAUCAUGUAAACACUCCCAGAAAAUAAGCAGGUUUAGGAUAGUGAAGACUGGUACUGCGGUGUGAGUGAAUUCACAGGUACAGUUUUGUGCAGACCUUUUGUAUAUGGGGAAGUUAAAACAGCUAAAGAAAAUAUGUACGUGCUUUACUUGAGCACAAGUGGCAAGGUAUGAGCCAUUGGAUGUGACUGGUGUCUGUGUGCAAUGUAAUGACUUUUUUCUUCAUGGUUUGAAACCCUUAAAUAAUUGCAACACAAGAAAAAUAUGACGACUUACUAGUUCUGCACAAAAUUUAUCUUUAAGUGUAGUGUCCUAGAAUUUACCCUUUACAUGUCAUUGCUAAAUAUAAAAGUACUUUGAACCAAAAUCUGCUCUUCAUGUAAAUGAAUCCUCUUGGGGACUGUGGAAAGAGGUUUUUUGUUUUAAUGGCAGCACACUGAUUUUAGUCAAACUGGGGUUUUGUCAUUGUUGUUUUCCCUCUGCUUUACUAGUUUUCUGCCUUGCUAUCACACUGCAUUCUUUUUAUCCAUUUGGUCAGAAAGUCAAGAGUGGCCAGCCCUGAUGCUUUAGAUAAUUUUUAGGUUUUACAUCCCAUCACUUUAUAAUACUGAAUUUGAAAGGAUGGCAGUGAUUUACUAUUGUCCUUGCUGAGAAAAACAGUAGAAAGUAAAUUUCCUAGAAAUCUUUGGGAAUGAAGGAAACAUACUUUUAAGUAUUCUUUCACUUUUUAACUUUUUGGAUAUACAUUAGUUAUGUGUUUUCUGUAUUGCAGAUCAGCACACUAAAAAAAGUAAAUACAACAUAUCAUUCACAAUUUUAUGGUGCUUUGCAGAUACUUGCCUGUUGUGAACAAUUCAUUCAAGCACUUAAUGAGUUAAUGUUAGUAAAUGUAGUCACCCUGACAGUAACUAUUUGCUUGCUUAACCUUUUUAACCUUUAUGAUUCUGUAUUAAUGAAAGAGAUAUAUAUUAUAUAUUUAAAUAAUACUUUCAGUGGUGCCUACUACUGUUGUAAUCGGGAAGGCUUCGUUAGCUUUACAGUUACAGAUAUGCCCUUCUUAUUCAGGAAACUUAUUUUUCCAUGGCCAUUCCUUAAGUUGACAUGUAGACAAGAUUUCAGUAAUAGGUGACAUAUUUAAAAAUAUAUUACCAUGUAAAAAUAUUGGUAUGCAUUUCAGUGUGCUCUUGAUAACAAAUGAUACUUUAGUGAGAAGACUUUACGAAGAGGUCUUUGUGUAUUCCCUGCUGUACACUGACUUGUGGUGUGAGUUUUCCCAGUAUAGUAUAUUAUUUAUUAGAAAAAUUUUACACUUAAAUAACUUGUUCUGUUUCCCUUGUGGGAAUAAGUAACAUGAAUAUAAAUGCUAUGCUUUUAUGAUAGGAUGUAUACUAGGUAGUUGUGCCUCUCUUGAUGGCAUUGAUUUGGUUAGUGGGAAAGAGUUCUCUGAUACAAAGGAGACCUUUAUGAGAGCCUCACCUCCUGUCAAAUUAAUAUCAAAAGUAAUUUUAACAGAGUCUGGAUUUUUUUUCUCAGAAGCUUUGCAAGCAUAUUGUUGACGAUUUGUUUAAAUACAUGGUGAAAUAUGUCCUCACAUUUGCCUGCAAAUGUGUCACUUGCUUACAUGUAAACUUUCACAUGCUCAACUUUGUAAGUUGGCCCUGAAUGAUAAAGAAAUUUAAAAGCACAAGUUACAGUAAUUUAGGCUUUUGCUUCCCUUAACCUUAAGUCUUUCACUUUGUAAUUCUCAUCGAAUUCUGAAAUAAGGUUUGAGAAUUGUUCGCUUUCAAUGAAAAUUUGGAAAUAUUGCCAUUUAUGUUGAAAAGUGAUCAGUGUUAGAAAAACAAAUGGAAAUAAAUUCAAAUAUUUUAAUAUGAUGCAGACUCUAUGUAUAAAAAAAAUUAUACAUUGGUUCUAUGCUGAUUCAUCAUAGCAUUUCACUACAUGAUUACCCUUUAUGUAUUAAUUUAGGUCUAGUAAUACUCUGAACAGCAUUUGGGAGUAUUUUUAAAUUUCCUGUUUAAAAAAAUCAAUGGGUUAUAAGUACUUAAGUAUUUAAAUGUUAUGCUGAAUAAGUAUCGAAGCAGAUACUCUAGUGAAUUGAGCCUGCUCUCAUUAUAUUACCAGAUCUGUCUGGAGCUAAGCUAGUUUGCGCUGUCAGUCUUCUUCAUAGUCAUGGUGGAAAAGCUGGCUGUGAAUAAGUCUGGUAAGAACAUGUCCCAUCAGUGGCCAGGAGGGUUUGCCACAGAGUUCCUGAGGGGAGCUAACGCUACCUGCAAAGCAUGACAGAAGAGCUUGUGACCCAGGAUGCAGUGGCUCUAUGCUACAUCUACCUGGAUUUUUUUAUGUGUUUGCUGUCUUAACCUAGACAUUUUACAAACACCAUAAAGUCUAGGCAUCCACAAAGUCACCCUGCAAGGUUACAGCUGCAAGUAUUGCAACAGUUGCUUAUUAUGGUCAGAACUAAAUGGAAAAAAAAAUUCUUAAAAACUUGGUUUGAGAUGAGCUUUUUAUGUUUUUUACAAAACCUAACUAUCAACUGUAUUAAUUUUCAUCCCAUUAAAUAUUUAGAACAUAAUUUUGCUAGACAAAUGUGCAAAAGCAAAUUCUGCCACUUCAUCUUCUGUGCAUUACCUGUGUGUCCAGUGACCUGCGCCUGGUUUUGGUUUUAUGCAUUUUUAGUUUUUCUUAAUUCAUGUGUGUAUCCGUUGUGAAAAAUUUAUGAGUUGACAGGCUGUAGUUACAUAUAGUGUGCAUAAAUAUACUUAAAAUAGGCCAUAUCAAUAUUUACGUGAGACUAGUGUUGAGCCCUCCAGUUGUACACCACAUCUGCUGUGAAGGCUGCUGGGCUGUGUUCUCAGAGUACUAAGCUUUCUGCUUCCUAAAGAGAAAAUAGAAUCUGUUGGUCACACUUUACAUGGAAAGUGAAGGGCUUCUUUCACUCUGUUGCAAAACCAACCCUUACAGGAUAUUCUGCUGCAGGCUAUGAAUACAGAAUUUGAUUUCAGAUGUAUGACUGUGAUCUGAGUUAGGGUCACUUUCAGAGGAAACUUUUUACAUUAAUAAUGACUCAGUCCAGCACCUUAUUCCAAACGAACCUCUUGGCAAAAGUGACCUCUGCACAAUCUUCUUCCUCUUCUUCCUUCCUUUUGUUCUCUGAGGGAGAAAUACCCCAAGCUGGAUUUUCGUUUCGCUACACUAUGUCAUAUGAACAGAUAGCUGUGGUCCCUGCUCUAGUUGGAUUAGGCUUCCAAACUGUGACGAUGUAAUCUGCAACAAAAACCAGAGAAACAGGGUGCCUAGAGACCGGUAAUCAGAAUAGUGCAACACUACAUAUUAAAGGUGCAACAAUCUUUUGUCACAAUAAAUUAAGGAGUAUUUGCCUAUGCAUACUUUGCCUUUCUAUGUGUUUAUCAGUUCUCUUUACAUCUUUUCUUUGUAACUUCUUUUGUCCAGUGAUGUUGACUAUUUCUAUGAAGAAUAUUCUGAUGUGUCUUACUGUGACAAAGGUGUCAAAACAAUACAAUAGUAAUUAGGUAGUUACUCUUAAAUCCCAGACCUCAGAUGUGUUCUAGAUCACUUAGAGGAGAACAUUCAAAAUGUAUUGAAUGAAAAAUAAUGUAAGAUGGGUAAAUAUAGCAUUAUUCAAAGAUGUUGUAAUAAGUUAUUCAAUUUAAGAAUUUAAAAUAUGGAACUUUGUUCUUUCCUGCCUUGGUUACACAUUCAAGGGAAUAGUUUUACCUCAAUGCAGAAGUAGUUAUGCCUCCAACUACCCAUAUGUUAUGGUGAGAAAACACCCCUAAAAGUGGAUAGCUACAGUAUUCCUAAAUUUGCCUUUCCUGGUUCAGAUUAUAAUGCAUUGUCGGUGAAUUUCAUUUUUAUUAUUCUAAAAUAUAUAUUUUUUAAAAAGUGUUAUUUUUCAACAGAUCCAUAAACUAAGUGUUGGUGUAUGGUAAAAUUAAAAUACCACUGUUAGUUACACUGUGAUUGUGAUAUUUUAAUAAUUACUUAUUUCUAAUUUGUCUCAGCAGUGCUGCAGAAGCAGCAUGCUGUUAUGUUUUAAAGGUGUUUUUAACUUGCCUAUAAAUGUUUUUUUCUAAUUUGUGUCUUUAAAUCUGAUUAAACUGUAGUU